UAAUUUAGCUAUGAGACCAUACCUUGGCAAUUUUAACCCGCAGAGCCGCUGUCACUCACCAUCACAGGAGGGUUAUCCCAGGCGAAUUUGGCAAUCCUAGGGCCCGUUUGCAAGGAAGAAUUGUCUUGAUUAUAUUAUACACUCGAUAUCUAGAGCUUCUAUUAUCCCGUUAUAGUGCUUUGCAUCAUCCACCCAUCAUGUCUACUACUCUCGCCUCAACCGUUAAUCACGCACGUCGCACUACUAGUUCUCCUAUACGUACCUCUUCUUGGCUAACCAAAACAGAUUCUUCUGGCCCCUUCAGAAACCGAUUACCUCGACCAAUUAAUCAGCACCAUAAAAGAUGCCUGCUCUGCUGGUCGCGAAGAUCUUCUUAUGGACGAACUCGACCGGUUCUCCAGCGACCGUGAAUCCGAGAUCGAGCGCUUGUGCAAUAACAAUCACCAAGACUUCGUCUCGUCCGUGAACCAGCUCCUCAACGUGCGGAAAGGGACCGUGGACCUAACAGAGGAGAUUUUAAAGCUCAACCAAUCGAUACAGAAGUCAACGGAUAAGCUAGUGGAGCAGAAGAAGGCACUCGUGGACUCACGAGACGUCCGACAAAAUAUUGACGAAGCGACGCAAGCUCUAAGACUAUGCUUGGAGGUGUUGGGAUUGGCAAACCGGGUGGGUGACCUAUUGAAGCAGAAGAAGCAUUAUGCUGCUCUGAGGACUCUGGAUGAACUGCAGAAUGUUCACCUUAAGGAGGUGAUGCAGUAUGAUGUUGCGGAUAUGAUACAGAAGUCGGUUCCUGCGAUGCAAGGGAUGGUGAAAGAGGCGGUUAUGACGGACUUGAAUAGUUGGCUCUAUAGGAUUCGUGAAAGCUCUGUGCUUUUGGGGCAGGUUGCCUUUGAUCAAACGGAGCUACGACGGCGAAGGCAGAAGGAAAGGAUUGAAAAGUCGCCAUAUCUACGCUCCUUCAAACUCAAUUCUGCGAUCGAGCUAGUUUUAGAUGAGCGAGAAGAAUUUGAUGUCCUUGACAACGAAAAUGUUAACAUCAAUUUUACACCAUUGUUUGAGUGUUUGCACAUCCAUGAAGCUCUGGGGGAACGGGAUGAGUUUAGAGUCACCUACGCCAACGUCAGGAGACAGCAAAAGGAGCUGCUACUGUCCGGGUCAUUGACCCUAUCAAAUGAAGAUAUAUCCAGCCUUAAUAAAUUGCUAGAGGAUAUCUGCGGUUUUGCUAUAAUUGAACGAGCUACCAUGAAGAAAACUAUGAGCUUUCGUUCGGCAGUCGAUGUCGAUGAGCUCUGGGAUUCAAUGUGCAAGAAGGCGAUCAGUAUUAUUACCCCCGCAUUGGAUAACAUUACACAAGCCGACGCUCUAUUGAGAAUCAAGAAUGUUCUUGCCCUCUUUAUCCAGACAAUGGAUAGUUGGGAUUACUCCGUAGAGGCUUUGGAUGGCUUUUUAUUAGUUCUCUUCGCGAAGUAUUCUCAGCGGCUCAAGACAGAGUUCAGCGCUGAUUUCAAAGAGAUCGUUACGAGCGAUGAUUACAUGCCCAUGCCGAUUAACUCCCUUCAAGAAUAUGAUAAUGUCGUUAACGUCAGCUGGUAUAAGCCGGACAAAGAACGUGACCAGUUAGAGUUUCCAAUCGUGCUUCCAUUCUCUCAGAUGUAUCCACUAUGUUGUAUCGAUAUCCGAAACUUCCUAAACAAAUAUUACUUCUUCUCCGACGAAUAUUUCACCCAUCAAAGCGCCAUCGACGAAGAACUUAAAUCAUCCCUCGAUGAGCUCCUCUGCGGUCAAGUCUGCACCUCCUUAGUCGAACGCUUAACAUCCAAAUACCUAGGGCAAAUCGUCCAAAUCCUAAUCAACCUUGAGCAAUUCGAAUACGCCUGCCAUGAGUUAGAGAUUCUCCUAGCAGAGGCACGCCAGUCCAACCACGGCGGCAGCACCUCGCUAAAAGCCACUGAGCGCUUCCGCUCCGAAAAGAAGACUGCCGAAAAGCGCAUCUUCGAACUAGUCAAUAGCAAAAUCGACGACCUCGUAGAGACAGCAGAGUACGACUGGAUGGCAACCAAGAAACUCGAAGAGCCCAGUGAAUACCUCCAGCAAAUGACCUUGUGGAUGCGCAACAUCAUGAGUUCCACGCUCUUGGGAUUGCCAAAAGAUAUCAAGGGUUUUAUCUACUUUGACGCGCUGAGUCACAUCGCUACGUCGAUACUAGCCUUGCCGAUGUCAGACUCUGUCAAAAAGAUUAACAAGAACGCCGUUGCGGCGCUGGAUAUGGACAUUCGGUACUUGAUGGAGUUUGUGGAUAGUCUCAACGAACCGCUGCUACCGACCAUAUUUGAAGAGCUGAGGCAGACGAUCGACUUGCUGCAGUCUGACAAUGCGGAGGAGUUUUACAGUAUCGAUACCAGGAUGAGGCGGUAUGCUAGCGUUAAUCCGAUCAAUGGACCGGUGCUACUGGAGAAAUUGGUUAGCGGAGCCGCUCCAGUUAGUAGGCUGGCAAGGUUUAGACAAGGGGGUUAAAUAUGUGGUGUUGACAGUCGUUUUCGCAAAAAUAGAUAUUAUGUUUGGGUACUUGUGUAUUUGCUAAGAGUAACAUAGUUUAAUAUCUCUUGAUCUAGCUCUGAAAAGGCUAAUAGCUAGGAUUAACUAGGGAUUUAUACCAUAUU